UCCGCGAUCCGCGAUCCGCGAUCCGCGAUCCGCGAUCGUCUGUGAUCGUAUGGAAACCUGUGCCCUGUGUCUUUAGACACUAUCUGAGCCCCCUCCCCCCUUUCCCGCCAACCACCCUCCCCCCGAUAAGAUUUUCCAGUCGGAAGGUCAAUUAACAUUCAACUAGCUUCAACUGUAACUUCAUGCAAUCGUAUUUCGAAAUCAUACUUUCAUACUCUACCGACAGUUUCAAUAGCUCAUGUAUUUCCAGGUCAGUAUUAAAACCUACUUCGAUCUGUAUUAUGUACAUGUGAUACGAUGCUCAAAGCGAGUUCUUUAUUUUUUUCCUGAAUAUUCCUAUUUUCCCUGAGACGUAUUAAUAUCUGUCGCUGUUUUAUAAUGCAAAUGAAAAGUUAUGACGGUGUUGCUAUGAGGAAUGUGGAUCCGACCGACGUCAUUACCAUUUCAGAAUAAUAUCAGGAACACCCCCUCGUAAAAGUCCAUGUAAUAGCAAGACAGGCGGAGAAUCUGAACGAAGUUACCGUGUGAAAAUGGUGUCAAGAUUGCCUAUACGAGCCUGGAGAUGGUACAUGAGAUGCCUGGAGACCUAUCCAUGGAAAACACAACUAAUUUCUACAGGGGCUCUUCUCGGAGCAGGAGAUUUUAUUGCACAACAGUACGUGGAAAAAGUCCCACUGCGAGAACACGACGUGGUGAGGACAGCUCGCAUGGCAGCCAUAGGUACUGUAGUGAUUGGUCCAAUUUUCCACGUGUGGUACUCGACACUCGACAAGCGGUUUGUGCAUAAAAGUCCAGGAAACGCCAUGAGAAAAAUGACAGUUGAUCAGAGCAUUUUAGCGCCGGUGUUUCUCGUUCUAUUUUACGGAGCUGUUGGAAUUGUCGAGCGUCGGACGAUCAAACAGAUCAGCGACAAGAUUUACGAGGAAUUUUAUCCAAACAUGGUCGUGAACUACAAGGUCUGGCCUGCUGUACAGUUCUUAAAUUUCUACUUGUUUCCAGCUCACCUCCGAGUGCUGGUUGUUAAUGUCGUGUCAUUGUUUUGGAAUACUUAUCUGGCGUGGACUUCACAUAAGGAACUGGGACAUUCUGCGGAGUAGUUGACAACGGUUAAUAACUGUAGGUAUCAACCCUCCCGGGGCCCUCAUUCCCCUGGAUUUCGGAAAACUGCGGGAGCCGAGUGUAAGCGUGAACGCGUGUAUAAACGGAAGACAACAAACCCACUAGUGGUUUAUCGUUAAAAACACCUAACAAGAUCUUCUUGAGAAAUGACAAAGGCUGAUUAAACGAUUACGUGGGUGAAAAUUCAUUGUAAUAGGAAAAAAUUUGAAAAUUUGAUUUCUUUGAAAAUUUGCAAAAUUGCGUCAAAACUCUUGUCGCAGCAAGGAAUCUUUUUGAUGCAUCUUUCUAUCUUUCUCCUCUAAAUUAUUCUCCGUGCUUCUCUAAUUCCCGCGUGGAGAAAGUCGUCAGUUAGGAUAAGGAAUUAAAGUUAAUCCAGUAAUUCACGCUGCCAUUCUUGACAAUGAAAAUUACAAGCAACGAUUUUUGCAUUCACUGACUGAAAAAGAGAACGCCUAAAGAUUAAAUUGCUGUCAAUUGACAUUUCAAGUUCUGGAUGGGAAAAGGAUAAAAUAUCUUACAUUAAAGCCCUUUGAAUGGGGAUGCAAAACGUCCCUAUCUUAACUCUUUUAGUUAUUUACCAGUUUUUAAUAUUUAUAUUAUUUAUUACAACAUUUCUGUACACGGUUUAACGAAGGAUUGUGUAAAUGCAAUUUUGUUCUUUUGGUUGUUGACUUAAGACUGGAGGUAAAGAACGUUUGAGUGGAUGUAUGUGUAAUUCCUUCUUUGUCUUGUUUAGUUUUGUUUUGUUUUCAAUGUAAAACGAGGGGCCUUGAUCGAAAACAACAUUGUCUCCAUUACUCCGCUACUUCGCAACUUGUGAAGUGGGCUUAACACGGGAGCCAAAUUGUAUUUCAGCAAUGGGUCCUGUUUCACAUGAAACAGGUCUGUAAUGGGUACCUGUGUCUCAUGUAGUAACUCUGUCGUAUUGCGCACGUAAUUUCUGCUAAAAAUAACAGGUCUGUAAUGCACACAUACCCUUGAAGAAGCGGCGUCCAAGUCACCCAUGUCCAUAAAUGGGCCCGACAUUUUUUUCUGAAAAAAAGCUAUUUCUGUUCAGUUUGUCCAAGGACAAAUGAGGCGGGGGAUCGUCCUUUUGUUAAGCCAACCAAAUAAACGAUAGUUUUGCUAUCGCGGGAUCAACUGCCGCUACUCCACUGCGAUAGGCUCCAUUUAUCAAAAAAUUCCGAAGAGAAAGAUGAUUUGCCUCGGUCUGUUCUCCUGAUGUCUGCGCUAAUGUAAAUUUAAACUUAGGAGUACAUAUUAAUUUGAGGAAAUAAAAUUGCUAUCGUCUUUGCUUACAACUUUAAGCCAUGGUAGAUAUUAUAACUUCCCAUAAUGGCCAUGAUUAAUAGUUGGGUAUCCCUGCGGCCGAUAUCGCAGUUGUUUUCAGAAUACCCAGGGGUUCGCUAAGUUAAGACGGACCAACUAAGUUACUUGUGGGAAACGCCCUGAGAGAGAAUUAAGGCUAAGAACAGAAAAUAGGGAAAAUAUCUCCUAGGAUGUCGUUGCUUGUUUCAGGCAUUGUACGGAAUUAAUCAGGUCCCUCGGUGGUAUUCAAGUAACAAGUUCUAUCUUUACCGUUAACAACAAACUUGUGGAACCAUUGUGAAUUAAUCACUUUCUAGCUUGCUACUUUGAACUCGCUAUUUUAAAAAUUGAAUUAAAAUUCGAUGUUAAUACUUACGGUUUAUUAUUUCUUGGUAUUCGCAAAUGAAGCGAUACAUAAACAAUCUGUAACCAGCGGAUGAUGGUUCAAGCACAAAUUAAUUAAAAUGUUGUUAAAACUGCAGUCUGUUUGUUAAUUGAAUUGCCUUUUAUCAGUCUUCUUAUCAUUUUUUGCCUUCAGGGCGGCUUUCAGAAUUCAAAGUGCUCUUUUUAUAUUAAGGAUGGCAGUCGCGUUUUUCUUUCCAUUUACUGAGAAACUCUUCAGUGACAACUUUGAUGAUUAUUGCACAAAAUAAUUAUUACUGAUUAAAGUCAGAGAAAACGUGAUGAUCUCGAAAGAUAAACUGAUAAUGAAACUUGCCUCCGUCUGAUAUCAAACCCUAAGAAUGCCAAUUUUCAUUAUUGAUAAGGAUAUUGCACAGUGUCGCGUGCUUAGAUUUCUUUACUGAACGGUGGACAACAUGCACAAACAUUAAUUGAAAACAAAGUGUACAUGUUACACUUGCCUGUUAUGUUUAAGCGUCAGAUUUUAUUCCUGCAUCAGUUGCUGUUAGCUUGUGUAAAAUGGAAAGUAAUGCGCUGUAAAAGCGAGGCACUCUCUUGAAGCUACUAUCUGUUCAUUUGGUGCUACACCAUUUACCCAAUGAAGAGCUAACUUCUAUGUGAAGCUUUAUUCAACGCAUUUUUUUUUUGUCAUCAAUCUAGAGCAAAGGUGACUCCAAGUCAACCUAAAAAGACUUCAACUAAGACCACACAAAAACCAGCAAAGCAUUGCUUUUGCUUGCGUACGUGAGAGAAAUCAAACGAUUGUCGGCAAAUCGAACUUCGGUGAAAUCAUCAAGAGCAAGCUACUUAGAGGCGUCUGAUAAGACUCUGGCGUUUGGCGGAAAAUAUACUGAGUCUAGCUGUUUUUACAGACUUCUUAUACCGCGAGUCACGCCCUUGUUUACCAAGAAUUUGGUUAAAUACGAGCAUUUCGUGCCUACGUUAAGGACUUUAAAGUGGAGUUCAGUGACAAAAGAAAACAGGCUGAUUCAUUAUCAAAAGGGAAUUCGCAACUUUUACGAGGGACUUGUAAGACCGCGCAAGAUGUAACAAAUCAAUAGAGUUAUAUUCUACGCUGACUGAAUGGUUCAUUUUAAUUGUCGCUGUGUCAAUAAUUUAUCACCACUUUGUACUUUAUUUCAUCCUUCUUUUCACAAGAACACUACUCCAUAAAAUCGAUGAAAAAAUGUUUCAAUACUUCUGGUGUAUUUUCAGACGUUCUGUCUUUACUUUUUACUUUUUCAUUUUGGUUCCUUAGAUUGUUCACGUAACUGUCUGGUUUGCUUUACUAGUUUGGCCCGCUAUAUUGUCAUCUCCGAAAACGAAGCAAUAAUAAAAUGAACAAUAUAAAUUUACCAGCCUUUUAUCGUUAUUUGCAACGAACUUUCACGCAGACAUGUCCCUACACAGUCAUAAGCAGCCUUCAAACAGUCCUCUCUCCGCAGUGUCUGCUUGCACUCGUGGUACUUCGCGUUGCAUGAGCGACAACAAAAGAAGAAACAGCCAGCUAGGUAUGGUUCUUUGUCGAUGUCGAUUCUUCCACUUUCUUUGCAGAAAAGUGGGUGGUUUUCAAUCCAGACUAGU